AUGGCGAAUCCGCGCGUGUACUUCGACGUGUCGAUCGCGGGAGAGCCGGAGGGUCGCGUGGUGAUGGAGCUCUUCAAAGACGCCGCGCCCAAGACGGUGGAGAAUUUCCGCGCGCUUUGCACGGGGGAGAAGGGGAUUGGCGGCUGCCCCUUCCAUCGAGUCAUCAAGGGUUUCAUGAUGCAAGGGGGGGACUUUUCCAACAAGAACGGCACAGGAGGCGAGUCAAUUUACGGGGAGAAGUUCGAGGACGAGCCUGGGGGUCUUGCGCUCAAGCAUGAUAAGCGUGGGAUUCUAUCCAUGGUGAACAGCGGGCCUGGCACGAACGGCAGUCAGUUCUUCAUCACAUAUGGGCCCACGCCACAUCUCGAUGGCAAGCACUGCGUGUUUGGGCGGGUGCUGAGAGGAGGACAGGUGCUUCGAGCGGUGGAGAUCACACCCACGGACGGUUCAGAUCGUCCGUUGAGCGAUGUUGUUAUCGACGACUGCGGCGAGCUGGCAGAGGGGGAGGACGUUGGCACCAUGAACCACCCUGAUGGAGACAAAUACCCCGACUGGCCCAGUGACUUGGAUGAGAGGCCUACGGAGUGGCAGUGGUGGGUGGAAGCAGUCAAAUCAAUUAAGGACCUUGGCACCACGCACUUCAAGAAUGGUGACUACCGCAUGGCAUUCCGGCGAUACCGCAAGGCCAUGGUGUAUUUGGACAAGGCAUGGGACAUGAAGGACAUCCCAGGAGAGACCCUAGAGGAGCUCCACACCAUACGAGACGCCCUUCUUAACAACUACGCGGCGUGCAAGCUGAAGCGCGGGGACUUUGACGGUGCGAUCGAGGACAGCAGCUCGGUGCUGUCGAGAAAUGAGAACAACGCCAAAGCGCUCUUCAGACGCGCCCAGUUUGGCGUGUUCCCAUCGCACGAGGAGGUGGCGGGAGGUCACAUGCGGUGGCAUGUGGUGGAGGUGCAGCAGGAGGCUGUGCGUGAGAUAGUGGUGUCGCCGUGGUGCAUCAGUGACCACAUGCCUGCCAGGCAUCAUGGGCGAGGGGCUCAAGUGGAUCAUGGCACAUGUGGGGGAGGGUGA